UGUUCAAACGAACUGCGCACAAACGGCUUAGCUGCGGUCCAGGUAAUGCUCCAAAUGCUGCAGAACACUCUAUCCUUUUCCUUCUUUCUACCCCUGCGAUUCGUAAAGUCAAAAAUUAAAAGUUGCCCGGCUAACUUCCCGGAGGUCUUCUUUCUAAUAAAAAAGAAGAGAAAAUGUUUUAAGCGUUUGGAGCAUCAACUACCGCAAGCUCUGUCUGAACAACAAGUAAACCGUUUUUUCGCAUCAUGUCCGAUGUAAUUCAUGGCGACAUUCCAAUCGGAACUGAAUGUUAACAUGGCGACGAGUGCAGCAAACUCGGCAAGUCGCGCCCCGUCGGGGUGUUUUUAUGCCGCGAAUAAAUGGUGAAUAUGUGCUGGCGCGCGCGUUUUAUCCCGCGUUUGUACAUUAUCGUUGCAGUAGAUACGCGUUAAUCGGGUGUUACUGUACACGCUCCGAUGUCGGUGAGCUACACCAGGAUGAAGUCGUGUCAGGAAGCGUCGUCGUCGACGAUGCCGAGUAACGCGCCCAGGCGAGCCGGCCGUGAGGAAGACUGGCAAAUGCAAUUGGCAUUCUGCAAGCCUCGUCACAAUGCGACGAUCGAGAGUGUGAGUUGCAUCAGUCAGACUUGGCGGAUGAAGGAGCGGAUGAAGACCGUGAGCGUUGCCUUAGUGUUAUGCCUGAACGUCGGUGUUGACCCACCGGAUAUCGUCAAGACGCAACCGUGCGCACGUCUCGAGUGUUGGAUAGAUCCGUUGUCAGUAAGCCCUCAAAAAGCUCUUGAGACUAUCGGUUCGAAUUUGCAAAAGCAGUAUGAACGGUGGCAGCCGAGAGCUCGUUACAAACAGAGCUUGGAUCCAACUGUCGAGGAAGUCAAAAAAUUGUGUACAUCCCUGCGACGAAACGCCAAGGAGGAGAGAGUUUUGUUUCAUUACAACGGUCAUGGUGUGCCCAAGCCUACCACUAACGGUGAAAUAUGGGUAUUUAAUAGGACGUAUACGCAGUACAUUCCAUUGUCAGUAUAUGACUUACAGACUUGGAUGGGUGCACCUAGUAUUUAUGUAUAUGAUUGUUCCAACGCGGGCAUUAUAGUCGAAUCUUUUCAGCAAUUUGCCGACCAGCACGAGAAAGAAUACGAGAUGGAGAAGCAGCAAAAUCGUGCAACUGGAGUGACGUGUCCUGCGGCGCCGUGUUACAAGAAUUGCAUUCAACUAGCAGCGUGCGCGGCUAAUCAGAUUUUACCUAUGAAUCCGAAUUUACCCGCGGAUAUAUUUACAUCGUGUCUUACUACUCCGAUAAAGAUUGCAAUACGCUGGUUUGCGAUGCAACCUACAUCCAAAUUAGUUCCCAACAUAUCUCUUGAUCUCAUUGACAAAAUUCCUGGACAAUUGACUGAUAGGAGAACAAUGUUAGGUGAGCUUAAUUGGAUAUUUACUGCCAUCACCGACACAAUAGCGUGGAAUACUUUGCCAAGAGAUCUGUUCCAAAGAUUAUUCAGGCAAGAUCUAUUAGUUGCGAGUCUCUUUAGAAAUUUCUUGCUAGCAGAGAGAAUACUUCGUUCUUAUGAUUGCACGCCAGUCUCUUCCCCUAAAUUGCCACCGACUUAUCAGCAUCGUAUGUGGCAAGCUUGGGAUAUGGCGCUCGAUCUAUGUCUGGCGCAAUUGCCGACAGUCUCGGAAAAUGAGGAUCGAUAUGUGCAUUCAUCAUUUUUCGAGGAUCAGCUCACGGCUUUCCAAGUGUGGCUCAAUCUAGGAUCAAAGAAUCGUAGUCCACCUGAGCAGCUUCCAAUUGUCCUCCAAGUGCUGUUGAGUCAAGUGCAUAGACUGAGAGCAUUAGAGCUGUUAGGUCGCUUCCUUGAUCUUGGUCCAUGGGCGGUUAAUCUAGCACUUAGUGUCGGUAUCUUCCCAUAUGUUCUAAAAUUAUUACAGAGCAACGCUAGAGAACUUCGACCCUUACUUGUUUUUAUAUGGGCAAAGAUUCUAGCUGUGGAUAAUACGUGUCAAGCAGAUCUUGUGCGCGAUGGUGGACAUAAAUAUUUUCUCUCUGUGCUUCAGGACACUUCGAUUCCGAGUGAACACAGGACGUUAGCUGCAUUCGUACUUGCUAGUAUAGUCAACGAUUACCGACCAGGUCAGGUAGCUGCGAAUCAGGGUAGUCUCGUUUCAAUAUGCUUGGAGCAACUGGGAGACACGAACGCCUUGCUGCGACAGUGGCUCUGUUUGUGUCUGGCGCGACUGUGGCACAACUACGACAAGGCGAGAUGGUGCGGUGUCAGGGACAUCGCUCAUGAGAAGUUGUUCAUGCUGUUAAAGGAUCCUGUCCCAGAGGUCCGGGCAGCCAGCGUAUACGCACUGGGCACAUUUAUAAACAGCGUUACGACUAGGAGCGAGCACGCGAACAACAUCGAUCAGAUUAUUGCAAUGACGCUUAUUAAUACCGUUUCUCACGACAUGUGUCCGUUAGUUAGAAAGGAAUUAGUGGUAGCUCUUCAAUGGAUGGUGCUGCAUUUUGAAAACUCCUUCGUGACGUUGGCCAUUGCCGAGGAAAACAGUCGGAAGGAUCUUAUCGUGGAAACGCUGUCGCCGUUCAGCGGCAUGAGACGUAUCAGCUCGCGCGACAGGUUGAAAAUGCUGUCUCCCAACAAUGCGUACACGGUGGACACGACCGACGGAUUCACGCAAGAUCGUAUUAAAAGAGUAUCGUCUUCGUCGUCGAUCAGCAGUUUAGGUAAUAAUUGGGAGUUCGUCAGGAAACCUUGCGAGUCACUCGGUCACAGUUCUCUUGGAAACUUACCGAGUCUCUCCUACGGUAGCGUUUAUAUGAAAUUGUGGCACGGAUUGUGUAGCCUCGAUAACGAUCCUCAUCCAGCGGUCGGUGCUAUGUCGCAGAAAGUUACCAAUCAUAUUCGUAAUAAGAUGAAGGCGUCUUCUGCACCCAAGGAAGUAGCUGAAACAAAAAUCUCCUCGUCGUUGUCUCUUCCACCAUCUCCGUCAAAUCGAACUGGUUAUUUGAGUAACAGCAAAGGAGAAUCGCCACCAACUGCUGUCAACUCUGGGACGGAUUUGCUGCGUUCUACGCGAGUUCUACCGCACAGUAGCCGUACAAGAAAACCCAUUCCUAAUACAAUAUCUGAAGAAACGGAUGAAGUACCUGGUGUAAAAACGCCAUUGACAAUCUCGCAAUUUGUCGAAUGGAGUUGCGCUCAGUUUGCUCAGCCUGUGAGCCUGGAAGACGAAAUGGACGAUGUGGAGAGCAGACCGUACCUCGAACGGGAAUGGCGAUUUAUACGCAACGCGAAGCAGAGACAGGACGCGAUGGAAGAGCAAUUACGCGCGCCGCAAAACAAGGUGGAAUCGCAGGUGUAUCACGCGAGGUGUCCCCAUUCACCUCAGAUUUUGGCUUUUCAUCCUUUCGAGCCGCAUUUAGCCGUCGCUCUCAAGGAUUGCUUUGGAGUAUGGGAUUAUCAAAGUGGCACGAAAUUGACUUACUGCGCGAGUCGCGGAAGUAAAACGAAAUCGCGCGUCACGGCGCUCGAGUUCAUCAAUUCCCACGACUUGAGCCUGUUAUUGGCGGGUUCUGACGAUGGUUCCGUACGAGUAUGGAAGAAUUAUAACGGCACGAUAAGCCGCGAUCCAAUUCUGCUCACAGCGUGGCAAGCGUUAGCGGACGUGCAGCCUGUAACCAAAACUUCUAGUGCGGCGGCACAGUUGGUCACAAAGUGGGAGCAAAAAUCGCUCACUUUAGCAGUGACAGGCGACGUUCGCAUCGUCAGACUCUGGGAUGCGGAAACGGAAUUAAAGAAGCAAGAUAUACCGACGGGCGCCGAUUGUUGCACCACUUGUAUCGACUUUGAUAAUACAGGUGCAAUGAUGGCACUGGGCUGUGGCGAUGGAUCAGUCCGACUCCUGGAUCGCAGACUACCGCCCGCGGAAGCGAGAGUUAUGACCUGGAGGGAACACACCGCCUGGGUAUUGGGCACCUUCCUAAGAAAAUCUACGGGAUCCGCGCCGCAACUGUUUACUGGCUCUUCCUCGGGCGACAUCAGGAUUUUCGAUCUUAGAAAGAAUUCCUCCGUGAGCACGAUUCAGGUAGCGGCUGGUAUCGCGGCACUGGCCGUCCACGAGAUAGCGGAUAUUUUCACCUGUGGCACUACGAAUCACUGUAUCGGUAUCUAUAAUACAUCAGGCCAACAUCUCAACACGAUAAAAUUCCACGAGGGAUUCAUGGGUACGCGUCUUAGUCCUGUAAAUUGUUUGAGCUAUCAUCCAUAUCGUGUGACCAUGGCAGCUGGCUUUGUGGACAGUACUUUCACAGUGUAUGAAUCACGCAGAUGACUACUAGAGAUGGAGUUUAUGUAAAAUCUUUGCAAAAUUUUGUAAAUUUAUAGGCACUUUACGUUCGUUUGCAUAUUGCGAUAUAUCGUCGACGAAAUUAGAAUCAUUGCUGCCUCCAUCGUGAGAGGACCGUAAACUAGUUCCACAACGAUUAGAGAAUAGUCCCUCCUUUUUUCGCUGUUUCUUAGACGAUCUUGCCUAUUAUUUCGUGCAACGGAUAGAAAGAGGAUAGCUAUAGUUUUUGUGAUAAAACUGAAUACUGUGAACGGACCAACCAAAGUAUUCCGAGAUGAUCAAGGACGGUCUGGAGGUAUCACCUGUUGUGCAUCUCGAUGUGAUUUUUACGCGCGAGAAAGGUAUCGGAAAUACUUUGAUGUCCCGAUGCAUAAACCUUAAAGCAUAAUAAAGCGUAUGUACGUGCAUUGUGAUAAAAAAAGUUAAUGCGAGUUCGUACGCGAGAGUGGCUGAGAAAAA